AUGUUCGGAGGUCCAGGUAGUCAACCAAGUGAAGAUCAAAAGAAGUUGCAAGAAAAGUAUGCCGUUGAUACUUUAAAAACUGCCGGUUUUAUUGCGGGAGCUUUAUGGGUUGCACCAAUUAUCUUCCAUUAUAUCAAGAGACAACUCUAA